AUGAAGGAUCGUCGACAGAACAAACGGCCCAAAAAGAACCGAAUCCAAAAAGAAGCUUCUCAUGAUCCAUCAGCAGCAGAAGGGAGUCAAGCGGAUGAGCCCCCACCGCCCUCCAAGCUCGCCAGUCUAUCAAGUGAACAAAAGUGUGCCAUGAUUGCCGAAUUGAGUGAAACCAUAUUGGAAGAUCCCACCAAGGGGUUCAAAAAGGAGCGGGAAACUGCCACAGAUGUAGGAAAAGGUGAUGAUACAACAACUACUGUACGAGUGCCAUCCAAGGUGGAAAAUCUGUUGGAUCUUGCCAGACCUCACAAAAAUGGAGGCGACGAUUACAUUGCGACAUUGGGGGUCAUGUCGCUACUGGCUAUCUUUAAGGACGUGCUGCCAUCUUACAGAAUUCGAUUACCGACAGAUGCGGAACGAGCCGGCAAUCUGAGCAAGGAAACGAAACAGCUUUGGGACUAUGAACGUGCCGUCUUGACCUACUAUCAACAUUAUCUACAACUUUUGGAGAAGCAAUGGGAACGAGGUCAAGAUGAACCAUCUCGUUUGGCUCUGACAUGCAUGCUGAGUCUUUGCGAACUACUGAAAACUGCCUAUCACUUCAACUUUCGAUCGAACCUUCUAACCAUUGUGGUUCGUCAAAUGAACAAUCGGUCCUGCGAAAAAGUGAGCGAUGAAUGUUGCCAAGCAGUGGCGUACGUAUUUCAAAAGGAUGCUCAAGGCGAAGUUUCCAUGGAAGCAGCUCGACUGGUAGCAAAGCUAAUUAAGGAGUACAAGGGGGUCUUACGACCGAAUGUUGUAAGAACCUUUAGCCGACUGCCAUUGCGAGUCCACGUGGACGAAGCCCAAGCCGCCAAAUUGGCAUCGCAAGCCAACAAAAAGAAACGAAAACGAGAUAAGGAACUGGCUGAAAUUGAAGAUGAAUUGAAGGAGGGAUCCGGAAGUGUGGACAAGAUCGUCUUGGCGCGAUGCCAAUCGGAGACCUUGCAGUCGGUCAUUUUGACCUAUUUUCGUAUCCUAAAGAGCCCAGAUUCUAAGACCAAGAAAGAUUUGUUGCCCGUGGCAUUAGAGGGACUUGCAAAGUUUGUGCACUUAAUCAACAUGGACACGGUAGUGGAUCUGUUGGACGUAUUGAAGCAGCUGCUGGCUGAUAUUGAUAACAUGCCCUUGGAGGCAUCAUUGAAUUGCGCAUUGACAGCCUUCCAGGCGUUGCAAGGUCCAGGAAGAGAAAUGCAAAUUGAUCAAAAGGAAUACAUUACGCCACUCUAUAGACAAUUGGCAAGACUUGGAACAGAAGAAAACAGUCGGCCCAACACAGAACGAAUGAUAAAAUGUCUCACAUCUGCCUUUAUCAAGAGGCGAGAGUACUCCACAGUCCGCAUUGCUGCUUUCAUCAAACAAAUCUUCACUGUUGCCUUGCAUGCUCCUCCCUACACAGGUGUCCCACUAAUGGCACUAGCCAGGCAAAUAUUGCAACGCUAUCCGAGCGCCCAUCAACUGCUGGACAGCGAAUCGGAUGUGAUUACAUCUGGCCAAUACACACCGGAUGUGGCAGAUCCAGAACACUCCAACCCAUUCUCGACAUCCGCCUGGGAACUAGCCACAUUAAAAUUCCAUGCCAAUCCUGCUAUCCAGAACCAAGCGGACGCGGCUUCGACACUCCAGCUGCUGCAAAUGCCCGGUGAAUCUCCCCAACGAUUGUGGCCUGACAUGAUUCGGGAUACUGAUGAAGUCUAUAUUAAGUUUCAACAGACCCAAAAACGACAUCCACUAUCAGCCAAGGGAGAUCGCCAACAAUAUCGAUUUGUAAAGCCUCGAAAGACAGAGAUUACCUUGUUGGACAUGCCUGAGGAGGACUAA